CAUAAAUUCACAAAAUGAGUAUUCAAAUCAACGCCGCCGCCUGCGGUGGCGACGGCAUCUGGCCGUCGAUGCUGUCGCUGGGGCAACCGGACAUGGCCAUGUUCGGCUGCCGAAACGGCAGAACACCGGCGUUCUUGACAAAAACGUACAACAUAGUUAACGAUUUGGACACUAAUUCAAUAAUCUCAUGGAAUUUGUUCGGCAAUAGCUUCAUCAUUUGGGAUCACUUGAAAUUCUCUUCGGACAUACUUCCGCGAUACUUCAAGCAUAGCAACUUCUCGAGCUUCGUAUAUCAGCUCAACAACUAUGGAUUUCGAAAAAUUGGAGUCGAUCAUAUGUGGGAGUACGAGAAUGUCAAUUUUCAGGCAGGGAAGGAACAUUUGCUCGUAAACAUACGGCGACGGAAUCAAAUCCCCGGCAGAGUCGUGUCGCGGCGCCGACGUUGGCGAGUGGCGCCGGGACCCUUUUGUCCGGACACUACUAUUAGUCCUGAAAUUGUUAGCAACUUAAAGAUUGAAAUCGAGGAGAUAAAAAGGAGGCAAAUGGACAUGGAAUUAGACAUCAUGGGAUUCGAGAGCGAGCUGAAAUGUAAUGAGAAGAAAUCGGGGAAGAUUGUUCGAUGUUUGGCUAAGACGUGUGAUGCGAUGAUUGGGAAUGAGUCGGGACGGGAAACCAGGCCGGAGGAUGGAGGUUCCGAGGAGAAUGUGGAUAUGGAGACAAGUCCAAUGAAUUCGCCGUUAGCGGAGAAUGUGUCUAGUUCAGACAUGGACGAUUGUUCGAAGAGCUACACUUCGUUUUGGAAGAAGAUUUUGAUGGAGGACGAGAAUGAAUCAGAGAAUGUUGAGAUGGAAGAUAGGCAGGCGAAAAUCGCUAUGGACCUCGAGAGUUUAAUCGAGAAUCCGUCGGUUUCAUAGAUCGCACAAUGAAAUGAGAUGCUUUUAGAGGUUUUUAUAUCGUUUAUAGUUAUAUGUAUCGAUAAGUUACAUUAUUGAUAAAAUGAGAUUCUUUUAAAAAAAUUUAUAUCGAUUAUAGUUAUUUGUAUCGAUACAACAGUACAAUUUUAAA